CCACCUUAUUUUUUCCUCACCUUUUAUAUGUCGAAAGCAAGCAAUACUGUCCGAGGUGUAUUCGAGCCUCCACCGAAACCGUAUUCCUGGACUGACCGCUCAGGCAAUGUCUACCACUACUUCGAACGGCCUCUCCUAAAUGCUUGUGGAUUCAUUCUACUACAAGAGUUCUGCGAACGCCUUGCUUUUUACGGUAUCAUACCAAAUCUUCAACUCUUCCUCAAGGAGUACCUAGGCUACACUGAUAGCGCCGCUGACUCCUACGUCUCGAUCUUCAACGCCGUGCUGUACAUAACCCCACUUUUCGCCGGUAUCAUCGCUGACACACUGCUAGGUGUAUACCUCACCAUUGUCACCUUCUCUUCCCUAUACAUGAUCGGGCUGGUUCUGCUAACUUUAUCGGCUAUCAAGUCGAUCAGUCAAGCCUGGAUGGUCCAUCUCUCUCUGCUAGUGUUGAUAACAGUGGGAGCCGGUGGCAUCAAGGCUUGUGUUAACGUCAUGGGGGCACAGCAGAUGCAUCCUGAACACCACAAGGCUGAUAUCACUCGCUUUUUCACUUACUUUUAUGCCUCGAUCAACUUGGGUGGUAUUAUAGGUUGCAUUGCAGCGCCUAUUAUUGUGCAGGAACUGUCCUUCGCGGCGAGUUUUGUAUUCCCACUCAUCUUUUUCGUCAUUGCCACAACGAUCUUCGUGGUCGGCGACUUCCUCCAUCGUUAUGUUAAAGCCAAGCCUCAAGGCUCAGCCGUCCUGCAAGUUGGUAAAGUGGCGAUUUACUCUGUGUUUAAAUGCUCAUUAGAGAAAAACAAAAAGAGUAAAGGCGGCAGAUUCGAAGAUGAGUUCAUUGAAGACGCCCGUGUAUUUUUCCGACUCAUACCACUCUUCGUUCUCAUCGUCCCCUUCGUUAUGGCCUAUAACAACAUGACCACAACUUUCCUCACACAAGGCCUUAAGAUGGAUCGCAACACCUUCGGGUGGAACAUGCCGGCUGCCCUAAUGCAGAACGUCGAUCCUAUAGCGGUCAUUGCGACUUCAGUCAUCGUAGAUAGUGUGGUUUUCCCUUUCCUUAGAAAGCGUAAUAUAAUGCCAUCAGCAUUAGUUCGCUUUUGCAUUGGUUCUCUCUUUGCCGCUUUAGCGUUGGUCUGUGCGCUAAUUGUGGAGUAUGUGGUCAUGUCGCAUUCACCGUUUACGAUAUCUAUUUGGUGGCAGAUACCACAGUUCGCUUUCAUCGCCUCUGGUGAAGUCUUCCUCAUUUCGACUUCUUACGAAGUCGCCUAUACUCACGCACCAAGCCAACUGAAAGCAGUAGCAUCAGCUGUUAACCUGUGCUUCAACGCCAUCGGCUCGGUCUUGUCCGCGGUCCUGUUCAAAGUUGCCGGUGCCUGGUUACGGGAUUUCGAUCCUAAAAAUGCGGAGCGGUCUAUCAAGGAGUCUCACUAUGACUAUUACUACUACGUUCUCAUCAGCUUGGCAUUUGUCGGCGCUAUUGGUGCUCUGGCGAUGCUUCCUUAUUAUCAUCGAAUAAGAAAUGAGCAAUUAGAACGGGAAAAGACCGAGGAUGACUCUACCACUGGAGUUUAGUGAUUUUCCAUUGACAGGUUUUUCAACUGUCAAUACGUUAUUCUCCGCUAGCUCAGCGUUGUAAUUUACAUUUCCUGCGGCGCGUAUGAUUUAAGCACUCACAUGAGUACUUCGGAUUGAACCAUAGUUAAAUAAUGUUUGAAUCCAAGUCGGCUUAUAUGCUGG